GAUUUCAAGGCCAGAAAGCGCAGACUCUAAGCAGGCUUCACAUAGUUCCAAUCGGCACAUAAGAACGGCGCGCUGCUUAAAGGCAGCGCGCACGUAGCCGUUCCGACCGCCAUGAUUGCUUCUGCUGCUUGCGCAGGAGAUCUGGAAGAGGGACGUGGAUGGCGUGACCAAGGCGAAGCCGACGAGCAUUUGGCAGGGGUGCCGAGAGAGCGGACAGAGGAGCAGAUUGGAGGCGCUGCCGGAGCCAGCAGCUCAGGAGCGGCAGGUACCUCCGAAGAUCUUCAAGGAUCCGGGGCGAAUGUCAGAGAGGGCACUCGCGUCCAGCCGAGACGCGGGGACAGCCAGAACUCUUUGUAUGUUGAGACCAGGGACCCGAAAUUUUGGGCGGGCAAGCUCAUCGUGCUCGUAGCAGUUGCGGUGCUGCUGAUCACCCCAGCAGUAAAAAAAGACUGGGCAGGCUACGUCUUGCCCUGUGCGGCUCUGCAGCUCUUGCUGCUGUCGGUCAGCCUUCUCAAGACCUGGAUCUUUGCCCGCCUUACCAAGAUCAACUGGCAACAUCGAGUUUGGGCAAACAUCAGCAGUGACCCUUGCGAGGACAGCCCGACCUUCGCGCAUUUCCAGAUCCGAAUCCGCGCCAAUGAGGAGAUCUCUAUUUCAAAAGUGGGCGACUCCCAACCGAAAGUGGUCUGCAAGCCCAAAUUGGAAGGCUGCUGCAUUUGUAUGGAUGAGGAGCCAGAAUGCAAGGCGCUUUUGCCCUGCGGCCACGUGUUCUGCGAAGACUGCAUUGCACACUGGGCCGUAAGUGGAUCCAAAGAAAGUCAUACCUGUCCGGUGUGCCGCUCUCCUUUCGAUCUUCAGGUGGUGUGACGGCUUGCGCUUGCGGCCUUAGGUAUUCGUGUUGCUAAGAGGC